AUGAGUUGGUGGGCCACGGCUUUCUCACUAGCCAUAAUUAUCGUCCGCCUCUGUGGUCGGUAUAUCCGCAUUGAGAGAUUCUUCCCUGAAGACAAGGUCAUGAUGAUUAGCGUGAUCCCAUUAACCAUUCGCAUGGUCCUUAUCCAUUUCGUCCUUAUCUGGGGCACCAACAACACCCAGCUCGGACAGGUGACGACGGAUGAAAUAUCAAGGAAGGAAAUGGGAAGCAAAUUGGUUCUGGCGGCUCGGAUCUUCUAUGCUAUAUUUAUCUGGACGGCCAAACUUACGGUCUGUGAAUUCCUCAAACGCGUCACGGGAAUCGUCACGCGCCGUUCCCUUCUCCAUAUUCCUACGCUUCAUCCAACUCUUCCUUAUAUCAACCCUGGUCGCCGUUAUUACCCGGGACCUAGUUGUCGGAGUGGAUAUGCCAACCUCAUCACGAUGGGCACAUGCGAUGUCAUCACUGAUCUACUUUUGGUCGCCUUCCCUGUCCCGAUCAUCCUCAUGGCCCAAAUCCCACUCAAACGCAAACUUGCCCUCACCAUCCUGUUCUGUCUCUCUCUGAUCCUAGUCGCCAUCACCUGUUAUCGGGUUCCGUCGGUUAUUGAACACUCUGGCUCACAGCAAUACCGCUCCCUGAUUGCAUCAUUCGAAAUCCUUGCCGCCACAGCUGUCUCGAACAUGGUUGUUAUCGGUUCCUUCGUUCGAGAUAGCGGUGUCAAGAAACUUAAGUACAAACGCGACCAAGGCUCUGCAUCCGUCAGCGAAAGCAUGGACAACAGCACCGUUCGGCGCAAUACUGUCAUGCAGUCUCAUUGGGGAAGUGACUCCGAUCUCGCCACCGGCAUGGGAAUCAAACUUGACCCCAAACUGUACUCCUCCACACCCGCAGGCAAUGUACCAGUCUCUGCUCCUCCCGUGCCACUUCUGGUCGCCCGCACCGGCUCCAUAGACCCAGCCUGGUCCUUCGACCAAGGCCGCUCAUCGGACGACCAGGCCUCGAGUCCAGAUAGCCUUGACAUCAAGGUUAGUCCACGCGAGUAUAUACAAACCAACCAAUCACCACGAGAAAGGGCAGCUACCGCUUCUUCAAACCUCUCAUCCCCUCGUGUCUCUUUCUUCGAUGUCGGCGGUCUCCUGAACCAAGAUGAGCCUCAAGUUCAGCCUAUCCAUCGUUCCUUCACUCUCAUUCCAUCUCAUCCCUCCCAAAACAAUCUGGAACCACGAAGGAAUCGACGCGGGAGUCGAGCUUUCCUCGAAGAUCUCGGUGUUCUACCUCGUCCAACUCUAUCCACUACACAGAGAGCAUAUACAUCGCCAGCUUCAUUGGAUACUUUAUCCCACAGUCUUCCACCUUACCGAGCUUCUCCCGUCGUCUCGCUUGAUGUCGAUGUCGAACUUCAAGAUGUCGGGGGCCUCUUAUCCAGGAAUAGGGCGCCCCUUUCAUGA